GGAGGGCGAGAAGAAAAAAAGAAAAAAAAGAAAAGCACCUCCUAUCUUUGGUAUCAAGGGGUUUAAAUCAGAAGAAACAGCGAGUGAGAAGAGAGAGAGAAAGAAAGAGAAACUGCAGUGAAGAGAGGACUACAUCCGCACAACACGAAUACUGUACAAUGCAUUAAGAGGAUUCCACUGUAGGUUCAGUUUAUUUCUCACGGUUGUGUCAAUUUAAACCCUGAACACGGGGCAAGGAAAGAGACGAUUAAGCUCAGGUCUCAAGUAAAAGAUAAGGACAGGCAGCUGUAAAACCGCAGGGCCACAAUGCCUGAGCAGAGCAAUGACUACCGGGUUGUGGUGUUUGGGGCUGGUGGGGUGGGCAAGAGCUCGCUGGUGCUGCGCUUUGUGAAGGGCACCUUUCGGGACACCUACAUCCCCACCGUGGAGGACACGUAUCGGCAGGUGAUCAGCUGCGACAAGAGUGUUUGCACCCUGCAGAUCACCGACACCACCGGCAGCCACCAGUUCCCCGCCAUGCAGCGUCUCUCCAUAUCCAAGGGCCACGCCUUCAUCCUGGUCUAUUCCAUCACCAGCCGGCAGUCCCUGGAGGAGCUGAAACCCAUCUACCAACAGAUACUGGCCAUCAAGGGCAACGUGGAGAACAUUCCCAUCAUGCUCGUGGGCAACAAGAGCGAUGAGACCCAGCGGGAGGUAGAGACCAAGGAGGGCGAGACACAGGCCGCCGCGUGGAAGUGUGCCUUCAUGGAGACCUCCGCCAAGAUGAACUACAAUGUCAAGGAGCUUUUUCAAGAGCUGCUCAACCUGGAGAAGAAGAGGAACAUGAGCCUCAACAUCGAUGGCAAGCGCUCCAGCAAGCAGAAGCGUGCUGACAAGCUGAAGGGAAAGUGCAGCGUCAUGUAGGUCAGCUGCCACAGGGAGAAAAGAAGGAGGCCAGGUGGAGUUGGAGAGACUGGCAUUGAAAGGACAGGUGCUUGGGGAGGAGAUCUUUUGAGGAAGGGCAGGGAGGGUCAUCUGAAAAGAUUUCCACAUCCUACCAGAAACCAUCCUGUCCACUCCACUCCAUCCCCCACAGCCCGCCUGCCACCUCCCUCACCACACUGACCUGAAAUCCGGAAUCACCAAAGGCAUACUCAACUCAUACGUCAUGCGUUUUUGCAUUCAGAGAUUUCCGCUCUAAAGAUGGGAGUUGGGGAGGGAACUGGGAGGCAGGAACAUAAAUGAUGGGAAAAUAGUGUAAUGAACAUAUUCUUGCAACGAACACGUGAACAAAUUGAUUUACACAGUUGUGGAACAGGGUGGAGAACUGCAUGUCACUGUAUAUUUCCAAACAAAAGAAACAACCCCCACAAGAGCUACAGCAUUCCACAUAUUCAGAUUCUCUUCCUCAUAGCUGUCUCAGUUUCGUUUAAACGUUUGUUGUGAGCUCUCAGGAGAAGGGAGUGGUUGUAGUUUACCAAUGCAUCACUGAUGAUCAAAAGAAGCCUGCAUCGCACAUCAGCUCAGUCUGAGUACCCAUUCAUUUCCUCUGUUCACGUUUAGCAUGAUUUCAGCGACAGGGCAAUCCGGUAAAUUCAGUACAAUUCAGUUACACAAAGUCUGUCUCCAGAAGAUGCAUCAUAAUAGUUGGGCAGCACAUCUAUCCAAUGUUUUGAGAGAAAAGCACCAUUACAAAUUUGGUUGAUGGAUUAUAUGAGAUGACAGGACAAUCAGAUGUUAGGUAGCACCUAUGGCAUGGACCUGAGGAAAAAACAUCUCCUGCAAGAGUGAAUUACAUGCUUUCGCUCUCUUUUCAUCAUUCUUAAAAAUGGUAUGUUUCUCAUGCCUUUCAUGUUCAUUUCCCUUGAUAUUUCUCUUACAUUUAAAUUCCACUUUCAGUGGAGAGCUUUAC